AGAUAAAUGACCCAUUUCAAAGUAAAAUAGACCUUUCGUCACCCUUUGUCAGUAUUCGGGUACAGUGAUUUUGGAUAUGACAUUUUUCGAUUCAUGAAAUCCAUUUUCUAAUUCAAAUAAUGGCACUGGCUUAUUAAGUGUUUAUCAACGCACUCGAUUUUCGGUACUUCCUGGACACGUCGACGUAGCGGACAGAAACCAGAAAUCUGUUUACCGAAAAAGUACAUUCGUUUUGAAUUAUGGAGACGUUAUACGGUAUACCUUUCGCAGUGUUGGAAUGUCCAAAUAUAAAACUCAAAAAGCCGUCAUGGUUGCACAUGCCCUCUGCUAUGACAGUCUAUGCGAUCGUUAUUGUAUCGUACUUUCUCAUUACUGGAGGCAUCAUCUACGAUGUCAUUGUGGAACCACCUAGUGUGGGUUCAAUGACUGAUGAACAUGGGCACCAGCGGCCUGUUGCGUUUUUGGCAUACAGAGUGAAUGGCCAGUACAUCAUGGAGGGGUUGGCCUCCAGUUUCCUCUUCACUAUGGGAGGCUUGGGCUUCAUAAUCCUGGAUCGCUCCAAUGCCCCAAACAUCCCUAAACUCAACCGCUUCCUCCUGCUGUUCAUUGGUUUUGUAAGCGUCCUGCUCAGCUUCUUCAUGGCCAGGGUGUUCAUGAGAAUGAAACUGCCUGGGUACCUCAUGGGUUAAAGAUGGACACAACAUAUUCCAAAGAUGAAGAAAGAAGUGCAAAGACAUGUAUAAUUUGCACAAUCACUGAUUAUGUAAUAAUGCUUCAAUUGAUUUAAGCCAGCCUAAACAUUCAACACAAAUUUAAAUUGCAAAUUUAGAAUUGACAGUAACAUCCUUCCCGAGCAAUACGUCUUUGACCAUGUUUGAGUGAUGUAUUAAAGGCCAGUGCUGUCAAAAAUGAGAUUUCCUGUGUUUUAUAUAUUUCCCAAGGUUUUAAUAAUAAAUAAAUAUAAUGUGAAAAUGAUAA